AUGAAGGGUUUUCUAUUACUUCUCCUUAUAGGCUUCACAUACUCUGUCCCUUGUAAUGAGCUAAAAGAACUUUAUCCUCAAUUAAACCUUGACUGCGAUCCUCUUAAGGCAGAUGGAGAUGAACUUGACCUAAUUCCAGCUCUUUUCUCUCUCGAAUCCACCAAAACCAAAGUUAAAUCCUUACUCCCCCCCCCUCCGUGAGUGAACAAAAAAAUUUUUGUUCACUCACGGAGGGGGGUUAAUUUUUUUUUUUUUAAAAAAAAUUUAUAUAUAAAUUUUAUAAAAAUUUUUUUUUCUUCGGAAUUUAAAAAAAUCCUAAUUCGCAAAAAUUGGAAAGCAAAUAUUAAUUUAAUUUAUAAAAUUUAUGUUUUAAAACGCAAUUUGUUUAAAAUUAAACAGAAUUAGCUCUAGAUUUCAUUAUGCUAAUUAUCACUUAUAUAUCAAAAUUUUUUCCCAUAAAAAAUUUUUCUAUUAAAAGCAUUUUUGUUCACUCACGGAGGGCGGGUUUUUGGGCAAAAAAAUGCCGAUUUUUCUAAUGGUUUUGUUCACUCACGGAGGGGGGGGGGAGUUAGAAGACCGCAAAGCUAAGCUAGAAACCUUAAAUACUUCUCUCCAGCAACAAAUAGAAGACUCAGAAUCCAAAAUUUCUAACUCCACACGGAAGGUUAAUUUUUUAUUUUAAAAUUUUUGUUUUCGAUACUUAAAUAAUUUCAAUUGAAAAAUUUACAAGUAAGGAUAUAAAUUAUUAUAAAAUUUAUGCUUUAUAACCUAGCUGAUUAGCAUUUGAUAAACUUGUCUAGAGAUUUAAUUAAAUAUUUUAUUAUUUUAUAUAUCAAAAAUUAAGCUAUUAAAGGCAGGUGUUAGCCCAUAUUGAUAGCGCAGUCACCAAGAUCUCCUGUGCAGGGAGGUUCAUCCACUUUUCAACUUCAGCAUAGAGAGUCUUUUCCCCAAAGGUGGAGCCACUUCUAGUACCUUCUGUGUCCUAGUUGCCUUACAGCUUCAGUCUUAAGUGGGCGGCUUAUGGGUUUCUGCAGCCCUAUUACGAGCUAUUGGAGUAGCUUGAUUCCAAGGAUCCUUAGAGUCCAUUGAGUACCGAAGUGCCUUCUUCCCAAUAGGACAUUGCUGGGCACCUCAAUUUCCAACAUAGAAAAGCAGCAAAAUCGGAUAAACAUGUCUUGAGCCUGCACUUGAUUUUUGAUACGGAGUCCGCUCCAGUUCGCCUUAGCUAUAACGUGUGAAAUGUUGAGCCAAGAGUAUAUAUUUUAUAUAUCAAAAAAAUCAAUAUAAAUACAAACACUACAUCUUUUGCAGAGGUAAACACCAACUAUAUAAUUAUUUAUAUAUUAUAAAAUUUUCCCGAUCACAAAUGGGUUAAUUUUUCAAAAAUAUAGUUUUCUCACCUAGAGGGGGAGCAAAGAAAAAGGGUUUAUCGAUGACCUAGAAAACGAAAAGCUUUUCACUAUGAAAGAAAUAAAAUCCAUGCAAGACACCAGAAAUCAGUUGCAAGACAAUAUUAAAAAUUUGCAAAAUUCUUUACUCCUCACCUCCAUGAGCGAAAAAAAAUUUUUUGUUAGCUCACAGAGGGUGGAAUUUUCAGACUUUCCAAUGGCUUUGCUCGCUUACAGAGUUAGAAACACAAAUAAACGAAAUAAAUAAAAACAAUGAAGACUUAGCUGAUGCUAAAGAAGAAAUCAAAGCGUUAAAUAGACAAAAAAUCCAAAUGCAAAAUGAGCAAGCUCAAGGAAUUGGAAUUUUUAGUGACUUAGCAGAGUCUGUUGAAGAGAUUUUUGAGUAUAAAGGGACUAUAGACAAUCAGUUAGACCAUUUAAGCUCAUCAAUUGAGCUCCAAAAUACUCAGCUAGAUAUGCUGAAACAAGAAAAAGUCCAUUUAGAAUCUCAAGUUUUAAGGCUUGUGGAGAGCGAAAAAGAACUAUUAGAAAGCAUAAGUAGACUUAAAGACCAAAUAGACAGCGCAGAAAUUCAAAUAAGCAGCAUAAGCUCUGAAUUUAAUAAGCAAAUCCAAGAAAAAGAAAACUUAGACCGUCUGCUACAGAAUGUUCUCGUAAAGGUAGAAGCCAUAAAGAUGUAUAGCAAAAAUGAUAACGACAUUAAGUCAGAUUUCGUUGAAAUUAAGGUCGAUGAAGAGAAAAAAAUUAUUGACAAAGAGAAAUUUGAAAAAAUUGAAAAAUUUUUAAAAAAAGGUAAAGAAGAAGUUGUGAGUAAAAUUGAAGAAAAGCCAGUGGUUUCGCAUUCUUUUUUGCCAAAAGACUAA